AGCGUUAGCGUCGUCAUCAUCAGGAGUCAACAACAACAAGCAGCGUUUGAUCCGCAGAAAACCGACUCAUUUAUUAAUCUUAAUCAUUCAUGUUUAAAGGGCUUAUUUAACACAAUGGCGCAAAAAAUCAACGAAGCUCACGAGCACAUCGCCAAGGCUGAGAAAUAUCUGAAGACGAGUUUGAUGAAGUGGAAGCCGGAUUAUGACAGCGCUGCUGCAGAGUACGCUAAAGCAGCGGUCGCCUUCAAGAACGCCCGACAGCUGGAGCAGGCGAAAGAAGCGUAUUUACUGGAGGCCGAGGCUCACACCAACCACAGAUCUCUGUUUCAUGCUGCCAAGGCCUUCGAGCAGGCAGGAAUGAUGCUGAAGGACAUGCAGAGGCUGCCUGAGGCUGUGCAGUACAUAGAGAAGGCCAGCAUGAUGUAUGUGGAGAACGGCACCCCAGACACCGCCGCCAUGGCCCUGGACCGAGCCGGGAAGUUGAUCGAGGCGCUGGAUUUGGCGAAAGCGGUCGAUCUGUACCAGCAGGCAGCAGGAGUGUUCGAGAACGAGGAGAGACUCAGACAAGCAGUGGAGCUCGUCGGCAAAGCUUCCAGACUUCUCGUUAGACAGCAGAAGUUUGAAGAAGCCGCGGUGUCCCUUCAGAAGGAGAAGAACAUGUAUAAAGAGAUCGAGAAUUAUCCCACGUGUUUUAAGAAAACCAUCGCACAAGUGCUGGUGCAUCUGCACAGAGGAGACUAUGUGGCGGCGGAGAAGAGUGUGCGGGAGAGCUACAGUAUCCCAGGGUUCAGCGGGAGCGAGGACUGCGUGGCCAUGGAGCAGCUUCUGCAGGGAUACGAUGAGCAGGACGAGGAGCAGGUGUCUCGCGUCUGCACCUCACCGCUGCUCAGAUACAUGGACAACGACUAUGCAAAGCUUGCCAUCAGCCUGCCGGUGCCUGGAGGAGGGAAGAAGAAAGCCUCUGCCAGUGGAGAUGCUGGAGGCGUGCCGCUGAAGGAAGACGAGGAUGAGUACGCUGGAGGCCUCUGUUAAACCCCAAAAACAUAUUCCUCAUCUGCUGCUUCAGACGCCUCCAGGA